UAAUUUAGUCCAUUUAAGUACAUACCUGAUAAUAUGAGUCUUACAUGAUUGCAUAAUACAGGUCUUUGGAUAUACUAACUUAUUCAUUUCCUUGUUCCAUUCUCAUAGAUGUAGAUGGCAUCAGAAACAGCAUAGUAGAAUGUCUGCCUUUGCUAGCAAAGAUAACUGAUGGCAUGCAGGCAGGAGCACAGUUGCACCUUUGUCAUAGCUUGGAAAAAGAAAAUACUGGAGCUUUGAUCCUGGCUAAAACAGAGGAAGCCGCUGAACAUGUCCAAACACUCAUCAGAUCACACAAAGUGGAAAGGAAAUACUUGGCAGUCACUGUAGGUGUGCCCGUUCCAUCCGAGGGAGUGAUUGACAUUCCCAUUAUAGAGAAGGAGGUCACGGGACCUCAGCCGCAUUUUAAGAUGGGUCUGAGCCCAUUGUUCAAAGUGAGUGAGGAGGGAGAUGGAGUGACCAGGGUAAGAGCUCAUCGACAGGCACACAGUGCAGUCACGCAGUAUCGGGUUCUGGACAGCACCAGUGGCUGCAGUUUGGUGGAACUGCAGCCUGUCACAGGUGUGAAAAACCAACUUCGCGUGCACAUGGCUCUUGCUUUGACCUGCCCCAUUCUUGGAGACCACAAAUAUGCUCACUGGAACAAACUAGCACCACAGAAGCUGCCAGAGGGCAUACUGCGACGGCUGGGCCUGGUGCAGAGUAAAACACGAUACCUCCCUCUUCACCUGCACUCCCGAAGGAUCAUCCUGCCAGGGGUCAAAGGUCACAGUGACAUCACCGUGUCCUGUCCCCUUCCUAAAUACUUCACCAACACCUUAAAGAGAUUACAGAUCCCACUACCGGGAAAAGAAUGAGAUGGAUCACAGCUAGCAACUCCAUUUGAAAAAGUAUUACAUUUGUAUUGAGAGGAGGAAGUGGGGUGGAUUUGACUUUGACUGUAGAAAAGAUCAUGUACAAAGCGGACAUUACAUUGUUGUGUAUUCUGAAUGUUUUUUUGUCCAGACUUUGUAAUAAAAGACCAUUGAAAGCGUUUUAUGAAGAAAAAUUAUAUCUCUGCUUCACCUGUGAAUUACGUAAUGACUGCAAAUUAGGGAUCCACAAUAUACAUGUACCAUAUAAUUUAUCAGCCAACAUUAGAUUUUUUAAAUAAUCAUUAUUGGUUGAUGUUGUACAUUUACUUGUGCAUACACAUUUGCCCUAUUUUUACAUUUAUAUCACCAUCUUCUAAAACAAAUUUUGAAUAUCCUGUUUUCAUACUUUUUAUUGUAAUGUUGAGAUGCCUAAAUUCACAUAUAGCAUCUAAAGCAGUGGUAAUCAACAAUAAAAGGCUCAAUGACUUUUCCAG